UACCCGACACAGCACAAUAUCAAAACCCCUCUUUUACUAAUAGAAGUCAUGACAUAAGCUCAGCCCUCUUCUGUUUCUUCUGAAGGCAAAGCUAAUAAUAAGCUUCCUUUUCUUUCUGCGCCAUUUCUACUUCUGUUAUCAAUGGAAAAUACUCUAAACCAAGUACUCAUACCUACAUUUCACAUGAAAGAAAAGAAAAUCCAUGAUUCUUUUGUGGGUUCUCGACGAAACCAGCGUACAACAAGAAGAUCGCCAUCAUCAUCAUCGUCAUCAUCGUCAAGGAGAAGAGAAAUAAUGAAGAAGAAGAAGAAGAAGAAGAAGACAGUGAUGACUAGUGGGUUUCAAGAAGAUGAGGAUGUUAACGAGAAAGAAAAAGAAGAUGAGGUAGAAAAAAAGAUUCUGGCAUUGAAGAGGAUAGUGCCCGGAGGUGAGUGCCUUGGGAUUGAUAAAUUAUUUGAAGAGACUGCUGAUUAUAUACUGGCUUUGCAGUGUCAAAUCAAAGCCAUGAAAGCUCUUUCAAAUUUCCUUGAAGGAAUGGAGAAGGAGAAGAGGAAGUUUGGAGGUUGAAAUUAUAUAUUGGAUUCUUUCAAUUCCCAAUUCUUUUCUUUUCUUCUUUUUCCAUUAUAUUAACUAUUAUAAAUUAUAUAUAUCAUUUUCUUUUUGGGUUC